CCCAGAACUGAUCUGGCUACCUCUUUCAUUUGCCUGGAGGUAGCUAGGUGAGUCUCAGGAGGCUGGAGAUUCUGGGCGGAGCCCUGGGCUUGUCUUUUUUUAGCUGGGAGACACCUUCCCUGGCAGACUCUUCUUGGAAUGCGAAAUACUGCCUGCUGAAGACCUCGCGCUCAGGCUCUGGGAGCUGGAACACUGCACCUUCCUUUCCUCUGAGCUCUGCCUCCUUCAGCAGGCCGGAGCUCAGCAGAACGCUGUUGCCUUGCUGUUUGCUCUGGAGGGAACACAGCAGACAAUGAGAUCUUUCUUCUGAGAUAAGCUCACAGCUUCCGCCUGUGCGAGCUCAUAAAGAAGCCAGCUCUUCAGAUGGCCUCUUAUUCUUAGCUACUACCUGAGAAGAAAGGAAAGUGAGAUGGCUCAGCAGGAGAAAAUAAUGAAUAUCAAGGGAAAAGUAAUCCUGUCGAUGUUGGUUGUCUCAACUGUGGUUGUCAUGUUUUGGGAAUAUGUCAACAGCUCAGGAGGCUCGCUCUUGUGGAUAUACCACACAAAAAUUCCAGAAGUUGGUGACAGCAGCAGGCACAAGGAAUGGUGGUUCUCAAGCUGGUUUAAUAAUGGGACGCACGGUUACCAAGAGGAGGACGACAUAGAAAAAGGGAGAGAAAAGGGAAGGCGUGACCGAGUUCAAGAGCCUCUCCUAUCGGACUGGUUCAAUCCACAGAACCGCCCGGAGGUUUUGACGGUGACCCACUGGAAUGCACCAAUUGUGUGGGAGGGAACUUACGACACAGAUCUGCUGGAAAAUUACUAUGCCAGGCGGAAAAUCACCGUGGGGCUGACAGUUUUUGCUGUGGGGAGGUACAUCGAGCGUUACUUGGAAGACUUCCUGGAGUCGGCGAACAGACACUUCAUGGUUGGCCACAGGGUCAUCUUCUACGUCAUGACCGACGACGCCUCCAGAAUGCCCCUGAUUCACCUGAGCCCCCUGCACUCCAUGCAGGUGUUCGAGAUCGAGCCGGAGAAGCGGUGGCAGGACAUCAGCAUGAUGCGCAUGAAGACUAUCGGGGAGCACAUCCGGGCCCACAUCCAGUACGAGGUGGACUUCCUCUUCUGCAUGGACGUGGAUCAGUUCUUCCAGGACACUUUCGGGGUGGAGACCCUGGGCCAGCUGGUCGCGCAGCUCCAGGCCUGGUGGUACAAAGCCAGCAACGACGAGUUCACCUACGAGAGGCGGGAGCUGUCGGCUGCCUACAUUCCGUUUGGGCAGGGCGAUUUCUACUACCACGCGGCCAUCUUUGGAGGGACGCCCGUCCGCAUUCUCAACCUCACCAGGGAGUGCUUCAAGGGGAUCCUCCAGGACAAGAUGAACGACAUAGAGGCAGAGUGGCACGAUGAGAGCCACCUCAACAAGUAUUUCCUUUACAACAAACCCACGAAAAUCCUAUCUCCAGAGUAUUGCUGGGACUACCAGAUAGGCCUGCCUGCGGAUAUUAAAAAUGUCAAGGUAGCUUGGCAGACGAAAGAGUAUAAUUUGGUUAGAAAUAACGUCUGACUUUAGAUUACCGUGGUAGAUUUCUAAAUUUGACAGCAUUUUUCUGGCUAAUUCCUCAGAAGGUGAUAACACUCAAUUUUAACUUAAAACAAACCAAAACCCACCAACAUGGCAAACAGGUACUAUUUCUCCUUAUUACUUUGAGCCUUGUAAUGUGGGCGCGAGAGGCUAUGGUGAGUAAUCAGGUGUAAAUUCUCAGUGAUUUCUCAUAUAUUCUGGGUUUAGGGGAAAUACUAUAUACGUUGAAGUCAGAUUAAUUUGCCAUAGGUAAAGAAGACGCCAGAACUUUCUGCCCAGUAGGUCAGAUAACAUGCUGGAUAGCGGGGUGCUGAGAGAAAUGUUUGGCAGCGAGAUGGGCUGGGUCGGAGUGGGGCACGCUGUCCCCUUGGUUUCAUUGCUUCCCUGUUUGCGCCGAUUCCAAAGUAACACAGAUAGGCCUAGCAGCCAGAGAACUUUAAAGAGGAUCCUGUUAGCAUACAGGAGGUCCCCCUGGCCUGCCUUUCAGGGUCCUAGCAACUUCUGGUGAUGUCAUCACUUCCUGCCACCAGUUGCCUGCCAGAUAAAAGUCCCCUGCCAGCCUUCCCAGCUCUCUUAACUCUCAGUCUCUGUCUCUCAGUCUCUUUCUCUCUUUGUCUGUCUUGGACACCCUCCUCUCUGCCCUCUGUCUCCCCCUCCCCCUUUUCCAUAAUAAACCUUUUUAGCAGAUCUGUUUCUCGUGGUAUUAAUCCUGACAGCUGUCAGUGUGAUCUUCAAAGUCUUUAAAGCUGAUGGCUUUUAGCCUCGGCGGGCCAGGCCUCAUCAGUCUAUUGUUUGGCUUCUGUACAUUAAGAAGGCAAAGGGUGCUGGUUGGUACCUUGGUGGCACGUGUUCAGAGUCCCAGAAAGUAUGGGGCUGACUGCUUAGAGGCUGUGCUCUACCGGAGGGACACGGGGCAUGGAGUUGAUGCUUGAAUCAAGUUGCAGAUACUGGCAGCUUUCCUGCAGUGACUAACAGCUGGAAAUGAAUGGAGGAUGCUCUCUGUCUUGCCCAAGUCAUAUUCAGGCCAUUAGACUUGUGUGUUGAGUUCUGUGGAGAGGAGGCUGGGCGCUGUUAGCGGAGGAGUGGACUACAAGGACCCGAUUUCCUUCGGAAGACAGUCUGUCACCGUCUUGGCAUACCAUCUUCUCUGAGCCUCAGGGUUCCUCAGGCCAGCGUGUGCCACGACUGACACGAAGGAGUGGACUGGAAAAGCCCUCCAUCACAUGACCUCGUUUUCCCUUGCUCUGUCUGUACUACGCAAGUGCAGCAGCCAGGCAGAGGUACUGAACGACGUUGGACAACUGACUUCAGAGCAAAAGGAAAUCCCAUCACUGCAGCCGAGCUGCUGGGUGUUCGAGUCCCUUCUCGGAAAGAAACGUAGCAUAGCUACAUCAGUGGUUCUCAACCUGUGGGUCACGACCCCUCGGGAGGCUGAGGGACUUUCGCAGGAGUCUCCUAAGACCAUUGGAAAACACAGCAAAAUUACAGUUAUGAAGAAGCAAUGGGAAUAACUCUGGCUGGGGGCCACCACCACCUGAGGGACUGGGUGAAAGUGUCAGAGCAGGAAGGCUGAGAAGCAUUGCUCUCUUUGGUGACUUAAAGCAAAUCUGUGUAACGGGGGUUGUCGGUGUGUGUCUCCAUGUUGGCGUCCAUUUUUCUUUUGCUCGUCUUCCAGGUUAGGGCAUCUGUUUCUGUUUCAAGUAGUUUAUCGAAGAAGCCGUUGCGCUAUUUUGAUAGUGUGAGGGGCUUCGAUAAAAAAGGAUCUCACGUUCGUCUACACUGCGCCAACUCUUACUCUUCAGCUGUUCAAAAAGAAGUCACACCCCAGCAGCAACAAACCCCAUAGGCUUCCUGCAUUGGUGAGCACGGCAAAAGGAAGUGAGACCACACAUCCACUAAGAAUUCUGCCUCUGUCACUCACCUUGUGCUGGACCUGGUCUAAAGUGAGAGGGUCUAAUGGUCUUAAGUCCUGAACCAAGCAAAAGAUCUGUUCUGAAAGUGUACAGGAGAGGCUGGAGGAGUUUGGGGGGGAUGUCUUGAUCUUUAAAAAAUUCACCUAAUUUUAAAUCCUUAAUGAGUAAAUUUAGGAUGUUACUAAAGGUAAUGUUUAAAGUUUUUUUUUUAAUAAAAAUUCUGUUUUACAACUGAAUAAAUUAUU